CAAAAUGUUAGUGUCACUAUUUUUAAUAACGCUUUACUUGCAUGUUUUUUGCUUCAAUUUAAAAGCUGAAUUAUUAGAUCCAGCCAUAGACUUAAAAAAUAUGGCUUCGGGAGAAAACUUAUACGAGGAAAAUUAUGAUUCCCUUAACGAUGUUGUAUAUAUUGAUGACAUUUCUCUAAAAAAUGUAAGAUCGAAGAAGGAUGCUAAAGUUUGGGAUCAUUGGGGAAAAUGGUCUGCUUGUAGUGUCACUUGUGGAGUAGGAAAAAUAACAAGAUGGAGGCAUUGUAUUUCAAAUGAAUGUGCCCCUGGAGAGAAAGAAGCACAGAUUAAAACAUGUACCUUAAAACCUUGUUGAUAAAAUAAGUUAGUUGGACUUUUCUGCAGACUCAUUUAUAUACCUAGUGUACUUUACAUAUCAGUUUUAUUGGUCAAAUAAACCUGUUUAUUUCACUAAUAUAUUUACUAUUAACCAGUUAAUAAAAUGAUGUCUUCGUUUA